AUGGAUGUUACAGCAUUUAAAAAAAACAUUGAUCUUAAAAUGGAAAACCGUCGAAAAAAGCUAGAAAUCAGAAAGAAAAUACAAGAGUAUAAAGAUGUCAAACAAGGUCUUGCUAUCCAACGUGAAGAACAAUUCAAACCUAUUGUAGAAGAGGUUAAACAGGUCAAAGAGACAAUAGACGAUAGACAAGACAGAUUGAUUAAGAAAUUGGACGAGAAUCAAAAAUCUCUCACUCAAGAUCUAUCUCUUCUCAAAGAGCUAGACACUUUUGAAAGUCUACCCGAUUCUCCCACCGCUAUUGAACCACCACCAAAACCGAAAUUAAAAAUACCUGAUCCACACAACGGUUUUAGCCAAGAUGAACUUAAUUAUAUUCAAACAAGCGGCUUUCCGACACCAAAUGAAGCAUUCAAACAGAUGCUUGAAGAUGAGUUUGAUCUUGAUAAAUUGGAAGAUGAUGUGAAUGAUAAAAUCGCGAGAGCAAAACAUAUCAAGGCUGGUCGUUCCAAGAAUAAGAUAAAAAAUAAGGAUGAAAUAGAAGAUCUUACACGUCAAAUUGAUACGUUGAAAAAAUAUAUUAACCGCAUAAAUCUGCUCGCCCAGGGUGAGAAGAUUCUUGUCACGCAAAAGGGUAAAGGUCACUCAAAACGUAAAUAUACACAGAAGAAGCGAAAUGCUUACAAAGUUGAUAAAGGACAGUACGGAGGCCUUUUUAUAAAUCCUUUAAAAUUGAUAAAUGAAAUGUUUGUCGAAGCGAGUGAUCCUUCAACUGGUGAUGUUGUUUAUGAAAGACAGGGUGAUAAAACUAUUGUUGAUCUGUUGACAAAGAGAUACAAUCCCAAAGGAUACUAUUCACCAAAUGCACUACAAAUAUUCACAGAUCUCAACAGACUCGCAAAUAUUCCUAUUCACAAAUCUUCUGGAAAAAGCAAACUGACAGGAGGGGCAGUUAUGUUCACUAAUUAUCAAGAUAUGAAAGAUAGACUCGUUAAAAUCGUAGGGAGUAUCAAUGCUGGUAAUACAAGUAUUCAGUUGAGAAAUGAAGCGAUUGAAAUAUUAGAUUACUUACUCAAAAAAAAUUUAAUUACGAAAAAAAAUUAUAAUGCAUUUAUUCAGAAAUACUUUACAUGAUGGAUAUACCUAUAUACCUAAGCUCUUUGAAUGCAAACAAAGGACCAAGUCAUGAUUUUACAACCACAUUCAAUCCUGUGAUGAAUCUUAAACCGAACAAAAAAUAUUUUAUUGCUCUUGAUGAAAUCGCAAUGUCAUACAGUUGGUACAAUGUAAGCAACAGCUAUGAUAACAACACAUUGAAAUAUAGUCACGAUUCAGGUAAAACGUGGCAUACCAUCAAACUCCCAGAUGGAAAUUUUUCAUACACUGAACUGAACGCUUAUGUUCAGAGAGUACUUGAGGGGGCAAAACAUUCAAAGACAGGUGUCACUAUAAGAUUUAUACCAGCGCUUUUCAAAGUUUUGAUGGAGGUUGAAGCUGGUUAUCAAGUUGAUCUACAAACUGGAAAUUUUGCUGAACUUAUUGGUUUUACAAAAAAGAUAGUCACAUCAACCAGCUAUGGUGAAAAUUUGCCUUACAUAACAAGAUCUGUUGAUGACAUUUACAUUCGCACAAAUAUCAUCUCAAACAGUGUUGUUGGUGGUAGAGAAUCAGAUGUGUUGUUUCGAUUCAGUAUUGAUAAUAUCCCACUCUCUUACCCUUUCCAUAUCGAACCAAGAAAGAAAAAGUAUAACAUAAUAAAUACAGACAAAAUUCAAGAGUUGAGAAUCUACAUCACUGAUUCACUGAACAGACCGAUCGACCUCAAUGGAAUAUCAGUCUCGUUAACACUUCUCUUGAUAUAAAAAUAGUUAUUUUAUUUCAUCACUUGAAAUAAAAUGGGUCGAAUGCAAAUGAAAAAAGAUGAAUCUGGAAAAUUUAUCUUACAAAAUCACAAUGACAAUCAAACACUUCAAGAGGGUGAAGGAAUAUUUGAUACUCUUAAAAAUAUUGGAACAAAGGUAGCUACAAAACUCACAGGGAAAGCAGCGAAGGAGAUAGCUAAAAAAGCAGCAACGACAGCGUUUGAAAAAGGUGCAGAACAGAUUGGUGAAAAAACAGGUCAGUUGAUUGGUGAAAAGAUUUAUGACAAAUUCACAAAAACAGACAAACCUCAAGUCAUACAAUCAAUCAAAGAAGAUAAACCUCAAAUCACACAAUCACACAAAGAGGACAAAGGAGAACAACUUAUGAGAGAAUUACAGAAAGAUAAAAAACCAAAGUCAAAACCACAACCAACAAAAAAAGAUGAAAUUAAUGUUUUUGACGACUUCGAAGAAGUUUUUUUAUAAAAAAAAAAUCUAUUCUUAUUUUUAAAAUGUCUUCUCUACGUACUGCAAAUCUUUCAAAGAGAUAUGAUUAUUAUUCAUAUGACCUUGAUAAUCCACUCCAAACUGCACUAGCAAAUAAUGCAUAUCAAAAGAAGGAUGGAUACAAGUUUACUGUCAAUGCAUUAACAUCAUCAGACACAGUUGCUGACUGGUACAAUGCUUAUCUUGAAAUGGAUUUUAAAAUCACAAAGAUGGAUAAUACAACCUUCGCUGCAGAUGAUGCAGCAGGAAUAAUAAAUGGUGGAUUUAGUUUGGUAAAAGACAUCAAAGCUAGUUUUGAGAGUACAAGAGUUCUCGAUGUGCCAAGUGCAAAUCAUGUUACUAAUGUAAAGAAUCUCACUGAGUUUUCAGAUGAACAUUCCAAAAAGGUUGGUCCUCGUCAAUUUUAUUACCCUGACACAGCUACUGGAGCAGUCAUACAAAAGUAUACAACACUUCAGCUUGAUGGAAAUGCACAGAACAUAACACCAACAGACAACACUAAUUAUAAUAAAGGGUUUACAAAAAGAAAGAUUCUUCUCUCCGCAGGUGCAGAAAACAACAUUCAUCUACCACUCAACCGAUUCGGUUUCUUUGAAUCUUUGGAAGAGCGAAUUCCACCCAAUGCAAAGGUUAAUAUUGAGGUAAGACUUGAAGAUGAUGCAAAUGUCUUGUUCAGAUCAAAUGCUGCUGCGGCUGGUAGAUACAUCGUGACAAAAUUUCGGUUGUGGGUACCGUUCCUAAAACUGAAUGAACUUGGAGAGAAAACAUAUAUUGAGAAGUUUCUCAAACCAUAUUCAUGGUCUUAUAUGAAAGAACAACUUGUUGAUUCAGGCCCACUUCGACAGAAAAAUGGUACAUUCAGAAUUACAACUGCUGUUGAAAGACCGAAACAUGUUUUCAUCUGGGUUCUGAAUGCAACCAAGUUUAGCAAUCAGGAACAGAAUAUGCUUGUGUUCAACACUUUCAACAUCGCAAAUGCGAGAUACUUUACAAAAGCACAACUUCAACUACAGGGUGGUGAAAAGUAUCCUGAUCAACAGCUUGAUCCAAGCACAGAGUUGACAAGAGCAUGGAGAGAUCUUCUUGACUAUGGAAGGUUUGUAGGUAAUUUUGAUAUGUUCGGUUCAACAAUUGAUUUGAAGAAGUUCAAAGAUCUUUAUGGAAUACUUUACUUUGAUUUGACACGAAAAGAAGAAGAUAUUCAAAAAUUCACAACAGGUCUCAAUUUCGAGUAUAGUCUCAAUGAUACACCGAACGCAGACUAUCACAUCUAUGCAUUGAUUUACCACGAGGAAGAAAUCAGUGUUGAGGUCAUGAGUGGAAAAGCACUCAUCAGAAAGUAAGUUUAAUUUUUUAAUUUUAUAUUGUAUAUCUCAAUAUAAAAUAUGGCUACUCGUUAUUUUGUAUAUGGUGUUACACUUUCAGAUAAUCAGAGAAUGAAACUUGUAAAGGCUUUCAAAGAAAAAUCACCCAUCACUCUUCGUCUCUCACACAACGAACUUAGUGGUUCUGAUGAGAUGAUGUUGACACAGACACAGAUAAAGAAGAUUCAAAAAGCAAUGGGAUUAGGAAAAGGAGUGGAUCUAAAAAUCAGCAAGACUCAGAUAACAAAGGUUGCACAGAAAGGUGGCAGUCUCUUAUCUUCACUCCUCACUCUUGGUACAAAGCUUCUACCGAAAGCGAUGAAUCUCGCAACAAAAGCACUUCCAGGAUUGGCGACAGGUGCACUCUCAAGUUUGGGAAAUUUCGCUACUGACAAGAUUCUUGGUGCUGGUCAAUCAGGUGGUAUGAUGAUUCCACAUUCAAAGAUUCAACAGCUUAUUCCUUAUGCUGAUCAUCUCUCAGAAAAGCAGAAACGAGACAUUGCAAUGGCUCUUCAAUCUGGUGAUGAUUUGAAAAUAAAACCAACAAAGAGACAAAGUGGUGGUUUUAUCGGCACUCUUCUUGCUUCAAUCGGUGUGCCACUGUUACUCAAUGCGUUGACUGGAAGCGGAACUGGAAGAGGUUUGCAUAGGAACGGGAAUGUGUAUGGUAAAGGGUUGCAAAACAGACCAGUUUGGUUUCCACCGACUAUGAUGGAUGCUCCUGUACCAACAAUUGGAAGAGGGGUAAAAAAAGGGAAAAAAAAGCAGAAAGGACAAGGACUGUUGCUGGGAAAAAACUCUCCCUUCAAUGGAAUACCAAUCCUCGGAAACAUAUUGUGAAAAGACCGCCUUUCAAAAAUAUACCAAUCACAAACUUUGACAUUCAAAACUGGGUUGAAUAUCUCAAGAUUCCAAAUUUUGGUGGGGUGAUAUCUAGAGAUCAAAUAAAAGAUUGCAUUCCAAGACACUCUUAUGUUAUAAAUCUGAACGAGUCAAAUGAGUCUGGUUCACACUGGGUUGCUAUAGUCUUCGGUUCUGAUCUCAUCUUAUACUUUGACAGUUUCGGUCUUGAUCCACCAGAAGAGGUAUUAAUGCUUUGCGAAAAACAUAGAGUUAAUUACGCAUUCAACAACACACAUUAUCAAGCGUUGACAAGUGUUUUGUGUGGUUACUAUUGCCUCUUCUUCUUGAAUGAAACAAGUCGAAGGAUGAAAUCACACAACCCUCAUCAAAGUUUGUACUCUGUCUGGUUUGAAGUGUUAGAACCACUAUCAUACAGUGACACUUUUUCAAACGAACGUUUCAUCAAAAAAUAUUUCAAAGAGGUUUGAAAAAUCAAAUAAAAAUUUCUAAAGUUUUUAUAAGACAAUGACGUACUCUGACGGUUAUCAUCAAAUUACACACAAACAAAAAGGUGAAGGUAAAGAAGGACCUGAAGGACCACCAGGUCCAAAAGGACAAAAAGGAGACACAGGUCCACAAGGACCAAAAGGUGAUACAGGAUCGCAAGGAUCAAAGGGUGAUCAAGGACUGAAGGGAGACACAGGUCCACAAGGAUCACAAGGUCUCCAAGGACAAAAAGGAGAUACUGGUUCACAAGGACCAAAAGGUGAUACAGGUGCACGAGGUCCUGCAGGACCAAGAGGAUCAAACGCAAAUCUUUCAAACUAUCUUGACAAAACCAAAGGUGGUAGCAUUCAAAAAGCUUUAAAUUUCACAAGUCUUAAUCAAAAUGACAGACAGAUAACAGGUAUUUCAGAUCAACCAGCUAAUGGAACCAGAGUUGUUAAUUUGAAUAAGUUGAACACUGAACUCAAUAAAAAGGUUGACACAACAACAUUCAACACAAGUAUAACAAAAAAAUCAGAUUCAAAUGAUGUUAUUUUGAGAAAUGGUUCACAAUCUAUGACUGGUAAUCUCAAUCUAGGAAACAAUAAAGCGAUCAAUUCAGCUGAACCUACAAGUGGAAGUGAUCUUUGUAAUAAAACAUAUGUAGACACAUAUGUGAACAACCAAUUAUCUCAUAGUGUUAGUAACAAGUUGAAAAAUGAUCUGGAUUUUAUCAUGAAAGAUAGUGAAUUCAGCGAUGAAGAUGAUAUCACUGGGAAAGCAAUGUCUACCAAAGAUUUUCAUAACUUCAAUAAGAAAGUAAAACCAUAUGAAUUGAAACUUGAUUCAUCAAAAGGUUAUUUUUCAAGCAGAUUUGGUGCUAAUAUGUAUAGUGCUGCAAAAUCGGAAUACACAGUUGUUUGUGAAGUGUGGUGGGAUUCUAAUAAAAUUGACUAUAACUCAUCAGAUGUGACUGCUACAAGUUCUGUUGAGACAAUUGCAAGACAACGAUCAAAUAAAUUUUCAAAUCACAUCAGAACUCUCAUUCACCUAACAAAAUGGAGUAGUGCAACACCAAAUUAUUUGAUGUUUGAUCUUGUAUUCAAAUACAAACAAGGUCAGUCAUAUGAUCAAAAAUUAGAUGUCUGGGUGGUGAUUUAUGGUACAAAGGGUUAUCAUAACAACAUACCGGUUGAAGUUUAUGAUCGAUGGUACUCUUUGGGAAAUGGCAAACUUACCUUUUACCCGGAAACAGUUUUGAGUAAUGAACCAACAACAGAUAAGAACCCAACAACCAAGAAAUAUGUUGAUACAAAAGCAAAAAAAAUCUGGUAUAGAGGAAAACUAGCACAUAAUAAUCUAACAACUGUAAAGUUUUAUGUAAAUGGAACAAGCAAUCACACCACCAACGUUUCACAGAGUGAUAAUGCUGAUUUCACGGUGAAUUCAAGUGAUACCACAAAACUGAUUGUCAAUAAUGCUGGUCUGUAUCUUAUAACAUUCAUCGAUGGUAUGCAAAGUACACGAGCAUCAAAUCUCAAGUUUGUUUUAGGUAAUAAAUUUGUUGACACAAAUAGUGGUGGUCUUACAAUUCCACUUGUUAACACUUCCAGAUCGUGGAAGACAACAAUGAACACAGUAAUGUUAUAUUUCCAAGCAAAUACAUCGCUAAAAAUAGAGUCAGACAAUAAUAAUACAGUUUUUGAUGGUUUAAACUUCAGUUACAUCAUGUUAGCAAAACAAGAUUGA